AUGGAAGCCCUUCUGUCACAAUUCACCUUGUUCUCAGACCAUGCUCUGCAAGACAAGAGCUUUGAUCCAUCCACAAUUGAGGACCUCAUGAAGCUGUUUGAGAUCGAGUCAUACAAGGCAUGGGCAGCUGCAGAACUUGAGCAACAGAAAGAGGUUGAAGAGGCUGAGGUUUCCAUGCAGGAAGUUGAGGACUACCUUGAUUCUGUCAUGGAAAGUGCCAUGGACGAGUUCCGGCGCUUCGAAGAGGAGCUUGAGAGCAUGUCAAAGGCUGAAAUGGAGAGCCUAGUUAACACUGCUGAGAGUGCAAGAAAAACGGGAAAUUUGAUGGAGAAAGCUGCCACCAUUGCUUCCAAGAAGUAUAUUGAGGCUGCACUCAAUUCAGCCACUGCUUCCAUGAAAUCUGCUUGGAAGGGACUCUCUUCCGGCAAGGUUCAUCCUUCGUAA